AUGCCUACGUGCAGCCUUCCAUGUGUGUCGAUUGAGUAUUCAGCGUUGGAUGACCUUGAGGAGCUGUGUUUCAGCUUCGGUUUGGAAUAUGAGGAAUGUCUGUUAGAUGAAAAAGGUGUGGAGGUGGUAAAAAUCGAGAUUCCUGCAAACAGGUAUGACCUGUUAUGCCUCGAAGGCUUGGCAACUGCUCUAUUGGCAUAUAAAAAGAACAUCCCUGCACCAGUUAUUCGAUAUUCAUGUGCAAGUCCAAGGGCUACUGCAUAUGUAGAAGCUUUACCAGAGGCUACUUUUACACGUCCGUAUAUUUUUGCGGCAUGUCUGCGCGGAGUUAAACUUACUCAACAGGUCUAUGACAGUUUGCUUGAAUUACAAAGCAAACUUCAUCAGAACCUAUGUCGCAAGAGGACGCUGGCUGCUAUCGGUACCCAUGAUAUGGACCGUAUAACUGAGCCUCUGGUCUACGGUUUAGAGCACCCCGAGUCUAUAGUAUUCGCACCUUUGUGUGAUAGUAGCCGUGAAUAUAGCGCAUCCGAGCUUAUGCGUCAUUAUAAUGAGACGAAUAGUCAUCUAAAGAUUCUAGAAGGUCGAGAUUUAUAUCCAGUUUUACGUGAUGCUAACGGUAAUGUAUGUUCCUGGCCACCCAUCACCAAUUCGUCGUCUACAAAGGUGACUCUGGAUACUCGUAACAUUUUCAUCGAGGUCACCGCUACGGAUCGUGUAAAGGGUAAUAUCUGUCUGAACAUGUUGGUGCACUGUUUUUCACAAUAUUGUGAGGAACCGUUUACAGUGGAACCUUUCCACACUAAAUACUCAGACGGUACCGUUUUAUCACCUGAUUUGAGCCAGCGUAGCGUGAUUGGUGACCUUGAUAGUCUACGUAAGUUGGUGGGUGUCCCUAAUCUCAGUGGUGAUGAUGCCUGUGUGUUGUUGAAGCAGAUGAUGGUGGAUGGGAGUUAUAAUGCUAAGGAUAAUACUAUAGAGGCGCUGGUGCCUAUAAGUCGUCCUGAUAUCCAGCAUGCUUGUGAUAUCGGUGAAGAUAUAGCAAUCGCUUAUGGUUAUAACCGAAUAGAUCAGCAUGAAUUUCCUCGGGGUUCAUUAAGGUCGUUGACCUAUUUCGGUCGUAUUGUGCGUGAUGUAUUAUCUAGUUGUGGUUAUAAAGAGACCUUGAUGCCCAUAUUGGAUUCUCUGCAUAAUAUGUUUGAACGUAUGGGUUGGGCAGUGCCUGAUGACAAGAGUGAACGUCGUGCUGUCUUAUUGAAGAAUUCCAAGGUCUCUGAGCUCGAGGCCUGCAGGGUGUCCUUACUACCGGGGAUAAUGACGACCAUAGCUAAUCUGAAAGGUGCCAGUUUACCAAUCCAGGUAUUCGAGGUAGGAGAUGUCAUUUGGCGCAGUGAUGACACUGAUGUCCGUGCUAUCAAUAACAAGAACGUUGCCUGUGGCUACGCGAACAGUUCCACGGCAGGUUUGGAGGAGGUCCAAGGUGUAUCGGAAGCUUUACUUAACGAGCUCGGUUUCUAUAGUGAAUACCAGCGCUGGGAGCUUGGCGAGAGCAAGAGUGCGAUUCCGGAAACUUGGAAACACAUGUACCGUUUAGAAGAGAUUGAAGGUCGUGUUGUAAAACUGGUGUCUUCCGGGGAUUCUGGUGUUACCCUGGGAAUAAUGGGUGUAAUACAUCCUGAUGUGUUACGUCGUUUUCAUAUACAGAUACCAGCCCAACGUCUAAAAAUUGGUGGUUGGCUAGUCAUAAAAGAAGGCGGCACUACAGUGUCUCCAGGGGUGAGAUUCCAUGUGGAAUUAUUACACAAAUUCAACCUUAAAGACUAUUGGGAAUGUGGAUACUGUAAGGAGAAAAUUAUAUAUACGUUAAAUUUAUGCGCAAAGUGUGAAAAAACAUACCACGAAGAGUGUACGCAGCUAUCGGAUUCUACAGCUCGCAUCUGCCUGCUAUGUUUGAGGGGAACGUCAGGCAAAUAG